AAUCAACCCAAGCUUAGUUCGGGUGUAAAUAACAAACCCUUUUGCUCUUUCUCAAUUCCUUACUCUUCUCCCUUCCUUCCUUUCUGCUCUGUUAUAGCCGAGCUCAAUUCAGGCAAUGACGCCGGCUAGGAUCUUUGGGGGGUUGGUCCUCCUUUUGGCUCUCUACUGUGGAAUAGACCCUUUCAAGCACAGCGCCAUCUCUGACUUCCCUGAUUUCGAAGCUUACAUUGUCGAUUUGCCUCCCUGGUCUCAGCGCCCGAACGACAAAGAUACUGAAAAUCAGUUGCAGAAGUCGGAGAUAAAGUUCCUGAACCAGGUUCAAGGCCCUGAAAGCAUGGCUUUUGACCCGCUCGGUCGUGGGCCUUAUUCUGGAGUCGCCGAUGGCCGGAUUAUUUUCUGGAACGGCGAGUCAUGGACCGAUUUUGCUUAUACUUCUGCCAAUAGGUCAGAACUAUGUAACACAAAGCCAUCACCUUUGAGUUACUUGAAAAAUGAGCACAUCUGUGGCCGACCUUUGGGGCUUCGAUUUGACAAGAAAACAGGGGAACUGUAUAUUGCUGAUGCAUAUUUUGGGUUGAUGAAAGUGGGGCCAGAAGGUGGGUUGGCCACAUCACUUGCAUCAGAGGCAGAAGGUGUGCCAUUAAGAUUCACAAAUGAUUUGGACAUUGAUGAUGAAGGAAAUGUCUAUUUUACAGAUAGUAGCAACAAAUUCCAGAGGAGGAACUUCAUGCAGCUGGUUUUUUCUGCAGAGGAUAGUGGGAGGGUUUUGAAGUAUGACCCAGUUACAAAGGAAACCACUGUUCUUGUUCGUAACGUCCAAUUUCCAAAUGGUUUGACCUUGAGCAAGGAUGGGUCAUUCUUCAUCUUUUGUGAAAGCGCCCCUGGCAGGUUAAUGAGAUAUUGGCUGAAAGGCGAGAAAACAGGGACAUCAGAGGUAUUUGUAACCUUGCCUGGAUUCCCAGACAAUGUGAGAUCUAAUGAGAAUGGUGAAUUUUGGGUUGCACUUCACUGCCGUCGAUCUUUGUACAGCCAUCUAUGCAAUUUCUACCCUAAAAUCAGGAAAUUCUUGCUUAAGCUCCCUAUUAAGGCCAAGUAUCAGUAUUUGGCAAUCAUUGGAGGUCGGCUUCAUGCAGCAGUUGUCAAGUACAGCCCUGAGGGGAAACUCAUGCAGAUCUUGGAGGAUAGUCAAGGGAAAGUGGUGAGAGCAGUUAGUGAAGUUGAGGAAAGGGAUGGAAAAUUGUGGAUGGGGAGUGUCUUGAUGCCUUUUGUAGCAGUUUACCAGUUGGGAUGAGGUAAUGAAUUUGAUUAUUUAACUGGUCUAUCAAGUGGGGAAUUAGAUGGUGAACUA